AUAUAUUUUCCCCCCUCAUAAAAGCGACCAAAAGAUGAACGGUUGAUAUGUGAGAAAUAGGUAUUAUCUUAUACUUCUACAGCCACUGCAAUAAAUGUUAACUAAGUGUUAACUGCAAUGCAAUAAAUGUUAACUGGUGUCAUGUCUGGAGCCUAAAUAUUCGUACUGUCAUUCGUAGCGUCUUGGCGUUCUACCUCACCCGACUGCCGUCUCGAGAUAUUCCCCGGCAGUCUUUUGCGGCACAGGUCUCAAGGACAGAAGGAGCAACGCAUGAGCCUUCGCCGUGAACAACAAGCGGGCGAGAAUAUUCUCCUUGCCGGCAACUCACGGACAAAGUUCCGUCAGUCGAGAUAUCGCCGACUUGAAUUUCUGCCUCUCGCGCAUGACCUUUCUCCCUCAGUCACAGCAUGCGAAUCUCGCAGUGCUGCACCGCACGCAAAAUCAGUCCGACGAGUGGCUCGAUGAUCUCCUCCGCUGCAAACUCAACUGCAGUUCGGAUGUGCUCGACGAGCCUUCCCGUCUGUCUGUCCGUCCGUCCGUCGCUAACUCACUCACUAACGUGUCCUCUUCCCCGCCGAGAACCCCUAAACCCAGUGAGUGAACCGCAUGUUGUUGAGGUGGGGUGGGGGUGCGGGGGUACCGUGAGAUGCGAGGGACGGAAGCAGACGUUGCCGCAGUAGUUGCAUUUGCCGGGGUACGUUGGAUAUCAGAAUCGGAAGAACCGAAGCCGGUUCCUCGAAGGCAGACAGACCGGGAGGGCUGGGGGGCUGGGGGGGUUUGAGCAUACGAUCAUGGCAGCAGCAGUAGCGUGCAGUCAAAGCAGAAGCAGAAGCAAAGGCAGAGGAAGAUGGAGCAGGCUCUGCGGCGGUGGGACCCGACGAUAGGGCCAACCAGCGGCAGCGGAUCCUCGGACGAAAAGGGAGGGGGAGGGGAGGGGUCAGGCGAAAGGGGCACCGAAGCAGCACAACGAACAACCGGCACCACGACCGAUCGCUGUGCUCCGAUUCCUCCUUCUACGGGCGACCACCACCACCACCGGAGACUUCAUAAGCUCGCCGGGCACGCACUCCAAUUCGUCUCCCUCGCCUGCGUGUCGAAUGUUCGUCGCAAGCCAGCCAGCGAGCGAGCGAGAGAGCGAGGCAAGGCAAAGCAAGGCUCAGCAAGGACGCAAGCUCACACAAUAUCCUGCUGCUGCUGCUGCUGCUAGCUGCCUGACUAGCUAAGCUCCCUCCGCUGCUGGACGACCGAACGAACGAAGGAAGCACGGGCGGCCCGGGUUUCCAGAAAAGAUACAAACUUCCCUCUCUAUAGAAGUGGGACAUUCAGAAGAGAAUCGAGUUUCCUGUCUUGUGUGCAAUUCGGUGCAAUAACCGAAAAUCAUGCUCAGUAGUACUAUUUCAUGUCGUUGAUGUUCCGCCCCCCGCCCCCCUUCUCCACCGCCUGAGACAUUCCCAAGUUGCAGUUUGUUUCCCAACUCUCCCCUUGUUUCCCGCCCCAGGACGCUUGCAGAUUGAUCACACCGUACUGCUCCUACCGUAUGCGGAAAUCCUACCCCAUCGCUUUGCCGACCUCCUGCCUGCCUUUGCGCUCCCAUUCUUGCGAGUCCAAGUCACUGGAGUGGUCUUCUCUGCAGAUAAAGAAUCUGACAUGUUGAAUUGGCUGCGCUUCACUGGACACUAGUGUCACUCACUGCCCCGCAGAAUUCGAGAGAGCCUGCUGCUUCCACACACCUGGUAUUCCAGGGCGCCAUUCGAAGGCAACCCUGCGUCGACCUCGCGUAAAUUUUUCGCUCUCUGUGGUCGGUCAAGAGUGCAUCAAUUGAGCCAAGGAAUGCAGCCUGCCGGACGUAAAUCAAUGAAUUUACGACGUUGCUGAAUUUGGAACGACCCGGGCUCGGUUUGAGAUUGUGCAGCGGUCUUCCUGGCUUCCUGCGCUUCACUGGACUCUGGUUUCACUCACUGCCCCACUGAAUUCGAGAGAGCCUGCUUCCACACACCUGGCAUCCGAAGGCAACCCUGCGUCGACCUCGCGUAGAUUUUUCGCUCUCUGUGGUCAAGAGUGCAUCAAUUGAGCCAAUGAAUGCAUCCUGUCGGACGUAAAUCAAUGAAUUUACGACGGUGCUGACUUUGGAACGACCGGGACUCGGUUUGAGAUUGCGCAGCGGUCUUCCUGAUUUUGGAAUCUGGGCCCCAGCGUCAGUCCAAGCCAGCCCCCCGGUGAGCUAUGCGCAACGAGUAUCGGUCGACAUCUUGAAACGAAAAUUAUAUUUGGAAUUGAAAUUAUCAGCAAAUUCGGCAACAGUGGUCCUGAAUUCGUCGCUUCAAUCGCGCACAUUUCGCUUCAAUGGAUGUACAAGAACCUAUGGCAACGUCUGCCGCAGUCGCAGGAGCAGGGUGCACGGAGAGCGGGCCGGGGAAUUCCGGCAGCAUUCCAUCGACCCGUGACUCCGAAACUCCGAAAUCCCGUCAAGCCAUAGCAGGAGCGCCUUCUUCGAACGAUUGCACAGAAGUGCAAAUCGAGGCAGCGACGACAGCCGAAAUGAAGCUGUCGCUCUAUGGUCCCACAGGCCUCCUGUUACCCCGUAGAUCGAUCUUGAGCUAUGGCACCGGGCACAUGCUCAAUGAUCUCACCGCCGCUUGCUGGUUCACCUAUCUUCUCAUCUUUCUCACCGACGUCGGCUUGUCUCCCCAGCAAGCAGCUACGGUGAUGUUAUCGGGUCAGGUUGCGGAUGGAAUUGCAACAAUUUUUGUUGGACAGCUGAUUGACAAAUUCGGUCACUUCAAAAUAUGGCACGCUGGUGGAUCUAUUUUAGUGGCUCUGUCCUUCUCCUCCGUCUUUGGAGGUUGUUACGCCUGUGAGCUGCUGGGAACAACGUCUUUUUCUGCAAUAACCAUCGGUUAUAGUACAUUUGCUGCAAUCUUCAAUCUCGGUUGGGCAGCAACUCAAGUCUCCCACAUGUCUCUUGUCAACUGCAUAACGGCUAACGCGACGAGCAGAGUAUCGCUCAACAGCUGUAGGAAUGCCUUCUCUAUGGUUGCCAAUCUCUGUUUAUAUGCGAUCGCCUAUGUGGUGUUUUGGAUGUUUCCUGGAACAUCAGCGGAAGGAGUUCAUAAACAGUUCCGAUGGAUCGCAUGGAUUUCAAUCUUCACCGGGAGUUGUUUUGUGAUUGUCUUCCUCUUCGGGGUCAAAGAGCCGAGAUUAUAUCACCAUCAUUCGCCAGCAAAGAGCACAUUUGCAAAGACAACAGUCUCAACAUGGUUCAAGAAAAUAUUGUAUUAUCAAGUCGCUGUUGUCUACACGCUCACCCGUCUUACCACCAACGUUUCACAGGCUCUUCUUUCCUUCUAUCUCAUUGAUGAUCUUAUGAUGGGAGAAUCUUCAAAGGCUGUGAUUCCAGCUCUGAUAUACAUCUGCAGUUUCUUGACAUCCAUAGUGCUACAGGAGCUGCAUUGGACUGGUCAUCGGUUGAAAGGAGUUUAUGCUGGAGGGGCAUGUCUAUGGAUCUUUUCAGGAGCUGCUUUAUACCUCCUUCCUAUCGAUUUCAAAUCUUCAAUCUACGGUUUGGCAGGCAUUAUCGGGCUAGGAAAUGCCUUGAUGCUGGUGACGGCGACCAGCAUGCAAGGCGUUCUUGUCGGACAUGAUCUCUCUGGAGUCGCGUUUGUGUAUGGAUCUUUAAGCUUCUUGGACAAGUUGACAUGUGGGAUCGCCUUGUACCUGAUUGAGGGACUUAACGAUGAAACACGUUCAUGUCGCCGAAAUGGUUCAGACUUGACUAUUAGCUGUAGUGGAUCUACCAUCAGAACUGCACUGGGACUUGUUCCCAGUGCAUGUGCCCUCGUUGCUGCACUGGUUACUGUGUCGAUGAAUCUUACAGACACCGAUGCAGACACUUCCGUUUUAAGCAAGCCUUUAUUAGAUGAAUCUGCUACUGGACAAGAUCAGGGUGAAACAAGUGCUCUCAGGUUGAACGGGCAUUCUUCCGAAGCUGAGGGCAGAAGUAAGGCAAGAUCUAUUCUGCCCUUUCGUGGUAGGAGGGGCAGAAACUACGAACUGGUUUCUGGGUCAGACGAAACGGACGAGGGUGACAUAGAGAAGAACAAAAGGGAAGAAGAUCAGGGCUUUUCUAUUUGGAAACUGCUGGAAAUGUCAAUGGUGGGUAGGUGGGGAUCCAUCCGAAGGCCUAUGACAUGGUUAGAAUGAAACAUCAGAAACUGCGCCAUACAUUUCAUCGGUGGUACUGUAACGGUACCAAGCACAUUCUUUAACGUUGACAUCUCGUCAACACCGUAGGAUGCGCAGCGAAACUGUCAUAUGCUCCGGCCAUGGUGUCGAAUCGAUCAUCCUCUUGAUGAAGACAGAUGGUUGCUUUAGUAGAGUCUCUUAUCUAUCUCAGAUACAGCCGUAGGAGUCAGGAGACAAGCGAAGACAACAACAACACACGAGAAAGAACAAUGUACAUUUGCAGCAGCAGCUGAUGAAGACAGCGUGAACAGAGUGAAGGACAAUACCUGGUGACCAGGCAAAACCUCUGGCAACCAACAGCCCAAAAUAUUUAAGGAGCGGACCACGUUAUUCUACAACAAUCAACACUUCGGAGGGUAGGAAGCACAGGACUAACGUACUGAAAGAUUUACGUUAGCGUUUCACAAAACGUGUUGAUUUUCUACCCUGGACGCGUAUUACUGUACAUGUGUAUGAUAUCAAUUCUCACAAGGAAACUAUUCUUUUCUACUCG